AUAAUACGUAAACCGUAAGGAAAUCCUCCAAUCAGAGUCGACUAUUCCCCUCUACAUUUUGCUACGCAAGACAGAAGCCGUAACUGAUUGGAGGAUUUCUUUACGAUUUACGUAUUACGUGUCGUAGUAGAUUCGUGUGUGAAGGCCUUUAAUAACAUUGCGAGAAAAGAUCACAUGCAGAUUGAUUGUUUAACGUGCAGUGUGAUCGGCUAAUUCAUUAUUGUUAACCUUAACCAAGCUCGCAACUUGUAGUGGGACCUUAAUGGCUGAUGUAAUAAUUAGAUUAGUAGAAUAGUGUAUACAGAAUUAGAGACAGACAGCUCUCUCUUUCUCUCUCUUAUUUUUCUAUCGAAUUACUGCAAGAAAGCAAGAAUAGUCGAUUAGAUAGCGUAUCGACGAGUUGUAGUUGUUAAAGGUUAUAUUAUGAUUAUAGAAAUUACAGACUGAACUAUGAGCACCACUAUCUCACAAUGCAUGGAGUCACCAGUAUUAAAUAAACGAACACAUCAUAAGAAAAACAAAAUACAAAUUGAGAGUAACAAUGCAGAUAAAAUUAGUAAAAGUGACACGAUUGAAAAUAUAAUAACUGAUCAAGGUUUAAAAAAUAAUGCACAAGAAAAAAAUAUUCAAGUUAGUCCUAGGAAAAAACAAGAAACUGAAGAAGUAACUGAUCAAGGUUUAAAAAAUAAUAUACAAGAAAAACGUAUUCAAGUUAGUCUUAGGAAAAAACAAAAAACUGAAGAAGUAACUGAUCAAGGUUUGAAAAAUAAUACACAAGAAAAAAAUAUUCAAGUUAAUCCUACAAAAAAACAAAAAACUGAAGAAGUAACUGGUCAAGUUUUGAAAAAUAAUACACAAGAAAAAAAUAUUCAAGUUAGUCCUAGGAAAAAACAAAAAACUGAAGAAGUGACUGAUCAAGGUUUGAAAAAUAAUACACAAGAAAAAAAUAUUCAAGUUAGUCUUAGGAAAAAACAAAAAACUGAAGAAGUGACUGAUCAAGGUUUGAAAAAUAAUACACAAGAAAAAAAUAUUCAAGUUAGUCUUAGGAAAAAACAAAAAACUGAAGAAGUAACUGAUCAAGGUUUGAAAAAUAAUAUACAAGAAAAAAAUAUUCAAGUUAGUCCUAGGAAAAAACAGAAAACUGAAGAAGUGACUGAUCAAGGUUUGAAAAAUAAUAGACAAGAAAAAGAUAUUCAAGUUAGUCCUAGGAAGAAACAAAAAACUGAAGAAGUGACUGAUCAAGGUUUGAAAAAUAAUACACAAGAAAAAAACAUUCAAGUUAGUCCUAGGAAAAAACAGAAAACUGAAGAAGUGACUGAUCAAGGUUUGAAAAAUAAUACACAAGAAAAAGAUAUUCAAGUUAAUCCUACAAAAAAACAAAAAACUGAAGAAGUGACUGAUCAAGGUUUGAAAAAUAAUACACAAGGAAAAGAUAUUCAAGUUUGUCCUAGGAAGAAACAAAAAACUGAAAAAGUCACUGAUCAAGGUUUGAAAAAUAAUACACAAGAAAAAGAUAUUCAAGUUAGUCCUAGGAAAAAACAAAAAACUGAAGAAGUGACUGAUCAAGGUUUGAAAAAUAAUACACAAGAAAAAAAUAUUCAAGUUAAUCCUACAAAAAAACAAAAAACUGAAGAAAAAAGUCCAAAAACUGAAGCAGUACCAAAUAUAGUAGGCAUAAAUACUUGUAAGAAUAAAGAAAUAGAGCAUAAUGAUAAUAUACAGAAUAAUUUAAAGUCACAAAACAGGUCACCGGUGAAAGUAAAUGAUAUACAUACUUUUAACAAAACAAACAGCUCUUUGCAAAAUUUUGAAAAUGUAGAAUGCAAUAAUAAGAUGGUUGAUAAUUCUACGAAUGAUAAAAAUAUAUUUACUCUUAGUUUAAUAGAAUUACAAGAUUUAUUAAAAAGCCCAUCACCUAAGAAAACAGAAAGGUUAUUACAAUCUGGCAGUAUAAUCUCAAUAAAUGAGAACUCAAAAAAAAUAAGAAAUGAUAAAGAAUGCUCUGAUAUAGUGAAAACAGAUCUGUGUAAUUCAGAAGAUUUUAAUAUCUUUCAGGCAGAUCUAUCAUAUGAUGAUCUAUUAAAUACUGCAAUGAAUACUGAAAGUGCUGAAACACUAUCAGAUAUUUCAUUACCUCUAAAGACAGAGAUUAAUACAUUGCAUUAUAUUAAUGAAGGUUUAGCUGAUUUAAACAAAGAUCCACUAACAGAUCCUCUCUUUAUUGGUGAUUAUGAACAGAAGGAUGUUAAUACUGCAAUUAUGAAUUUAGAUCACAAGCCUUCAAAGCUAAGAAGGUCCGAUCGUAUAAAUAAAAAAUUGACUAAAAAUUAUAAUGUAGAUAAUAUUAAAAAAGAAAAAUGCAUGCUGAACACUGCAGGGAAACAUAUUUUAAAAGAAUUAGAAGAUAUCGAAGAAGAAGAAGAGAUACCAUUAAGUAUUAUACAGCAGUUGGCAUCAUUGUAUAUAGAGCUAGUACACAAAGUACCUCCACAACAUAAAAUAGAAGUUACUGGAGCUCAUCCUACAACAAGAGAAGAGAAAAAAUUAUUUCAAAAGUAUGGACCACUUCGUAAAGGUCCAUACACAUCUGAAGAAGAUGCAACUAUUACACAAAACUGGAACAUGUUUUGCAAGCUUCAUAAUUGGGACUCGAAGAACAUUGGACCGUUUCGUAAUUUGAGACAUAAUGGAAAAUAUUAUAUACGUGAUCUGAAAGAAAGGCAGAAAUUUGUUCAAUUUUUAGCAAAUGGUUUACCUUGGCGGACCCUCAAUAGUGUUUAUUCCAGAUUUAAAAUUUUAUAUUGUAACAAAAUCACCAAUGUCCGAUAUACUUCAAAAGAAGAUAAAAAGAUUUUAACAUAUAUACAGAAUAAAUAUCUUGACCAACGUGAUACUAAAUAUAUUGAAUUAGCAAAAUUAUUGGGACGAACAAAUCGGUCAAUAUCUAAACGAUAUAAGUAUCUUAAAAAAAUUAAAGAAGCUGCAAGCGAAUCGACGAAAAAAUCAAAAGUGAAGUGGACAGUGCCACUCAUAAAAAAAUUCUUAAAGACAUUACUCGAUAUAACAUUAUGUGAAGAUAUAGAAGAACUUAAAUACAUUAGACUUCCUAUGCCAAUAUGGCGGAAGAUGGAAGAAAAACUAAAUAUAGAUGAGAAUAUUUUGAAAACAUUUUGGCAACAUCAGUUGCAUCUGCAGUUAUUUAGCACGAGUCCCAUCUAUCUAAACGAUAUUAAAAUACAAUUAAUUGAAUAUAUGUAUAAAAAAGGAAUAUCGAGUACCCGUGAGAUUAUAUGGCCCAAUGUAACACAAUAUUUUGAGGGAGCAACUGCAGUAUUUCUCUGCAAGACCUUUUUUUACCUAGUACAAGAAUGUCAUAUGGACGACAUCGAUAAUUUUACUGAUGUCGUGGAAUACUUAUAUCAUAAAAAGAUCCCUGAAAUUAAAGAGGCUCCGACAGACAAGUUUUUACCUAGGAUUGUAUAUAAAAAUGGGAACAUUGUUAUAUUAAAUUCGAAAGAUGAUACAACAGAUACAAAUAUUGCUGAUCAUGAUACUGAUGACAUUUAAAUGUUUUGUGUAUGAACAAAUGGCGUGCAUUUAGUAUUAUAACUACUCAUUAAACUCUUUUUAAUCAGUACAUAUACUUUCAGAUCUAAUCAAGAAUUAAAAAUACAAACCAAAUAAAUUCGAAGAUUAUUCAAUAUUCAGUGAAUGGUUAUAUUAUUGAAUGCUCUAUUUCGUCGGUAAUUUUUUUUUACAGCUAUAUGCCAUUUUUAUACCAUUAAAUGUUAAAUAUAAUG